UAUGCAAUUUAUUCGCGACAAGCUACACGAGGUCGCCCUCGACGAGGAUAAUGGCGCUCCUGACAAGGCGGACGUUCUGAAGGGAUUGGACGUAUUGGACGUUGGAUGCGGUGGCGGUCUGUUGUCCGAGAGUCUGGCGCGGAUGGGUGCCAAUACGCUGGGUCUCGAUGCUUCCGGGUCGAAUAUUGCUAUCGCAUCACUUCACGCCGCAGCGGAUUCGAGACUGUCGCCUCCAGCGGAUGCGUCUUCUUCCCAACGGAGCAAUUUGACAUACAUGAACACUUCCGCCGAAAAAUUGCUCUCUCAACCGAAACGCUACGAUGUGGUAUGCUCAAUGGAAGUCCUCGAGCAUGUCGACAACCCGUCGGCUUUUCUGUCUUCCUGUGCUGAGCUAGUGAAGCCUGGCGGCCAUCUCUUCCUUUCCACUAUUUCUCGCACAGCGCUAGCCUACGGUCUCACCAUCCUCCUCGCGGAAGACGUCCUUCGCAAGGUGACCAGCGGUACACACACCUACUCCAAAUAUGUCAAGCCUUCAGAGCUCGUCCAAUUCUUCCAUGGAUACCAAUCACCGCGAUUGCAAGGCUCCUCGAAACCGUCAUCGCUGUCAAGGCCAUGGAUUUCAACGCCGGCGUCCAGCAGCUACCUGCCGAGGAGAGAAGCAGAACUGCGUGGGCUGAUAUAUAACCCUCUUCAGGCGAGAUGGCACCUUGCUCCCAAAGACGCAUGGGGUGCCCUGGAGUGUAAUUAUCUGUUUUGGGUACGGAAGCCCAAGGACUG